AUGGCAGGAGAGCAAACUCAACUCCAUUUGCCGUCACAGGAAGGCGAAAGUGACCUUUCGUUGCGUGGUAGGGAAGCAAAUCUCAUCCUCACGGGAGAGCUUCACGAUCUGCAUUCGACUUCGACUCUGAGCCAUGGCACACUCGCUACAGUAGCUCCGUUUCCCCUGAGCGAGCAUACCAGGACUGCAGAGAAUACAUAUAAUCCACGCGAACUCAACGUUUUCGACCCCUCGAAUCAUGACAUCAGGGUUCAGAAGGACCAGGAUACUAUCCCCCAUAGCACUAAUGCCACUGCCGGGUAUGGCAAUACUCGUUACACCGACUACAGGACGACCGUCGAUCUAAACGAUCAGGGCCACAUUCCUCAUAAUCACACGACCGUGACGACAGACUCCCCAAAGACCAGUCACCGUAACAAUGGUCCCAAACAGUAUAGCUCCCCGUAUCCAACUGUGGUCCAGCCAUUGGAUGCUAAGCCCUCGACUGAACAACAUACACUACCACAGAGUCAUGCCUCCGCCCGAAACAGUGGAAACCCUUCUCCGAUCAAAGCAUUGAUCGGCCACAGUGCACACACUCUUCUUAGCAAUGCGAGACCCCUUUCCAGCAACAUCUAUGGUGGACAGGGUGUGCAUCAUCGAUACAACAAUUCCUCUGCUGCUCGCAAUGCAUAUCCUACUUCCAAUAUCGCUUAUGGUGGCCACGGUGGCUAUCUUGUUCCUACUCCGUACACUCAUGCCAACAACACAUAUCCUGCACCUCUUGGUCGACCCCUUGACAGUAAUGCUGGGUACAUUGCUUCAUCUACCACCACUUAUGGUAAUGGUGCUGACUACCCUUCUUCAUUUAAUCAGCCGUAUGGUACUUUCGGUGGAUAUCCAUCUUCGUCCAAUCAUGCUCAUGGUAGCGGCAAUGGAUAUCCUUCUUCAUCCAACUACGGCUAUGGCGGCGAUAUUUCAUACCCUUCUUUUUCCAAUGAUGCCUACGGUAUUUAUACUGAAUACCCUUCUUCGCUGAACCACGCUUAUGGUAACAACAACGGAUUCCAUGCUUCUACUAGCUAUGCCUUUGGUGGUAACGGCGGGUACCCUCCUUCAACAAGCUACACAUAUGGUGACGAUCGACAUAAUGCAAUGGCUAGCCACGUCUAUGGUGACAGCAGUGGACAACAUGUUCCGUCACAGAGCGUCUACGGCCACAAUCAGACUCCAAUCAAUGCAUCGCACAGCACAGUCGCACAGCGUCACGCGGAUCCGCCCUCAUUAUCCAACCCAUAUACGACAUUUCCACCGCCAUCCAAAAGGCCACAUGAAACUGCGUUUGGACAUGAGAAUACUUUUAACCUUGGAAAUUUCAGAUCUCAAUCACAUAUCUCACCUCAAACGUCGGGACCAGUACAUUCGUCCCAGGAUUGUAAGGCAGACGCGAGGGCUCACCGAUUGCACAAAGAGAUCCUUAACAGUAGCACAUCAGCGGCCGAUUAUCACACACGGUUGGAAAAGAAAUAUUCGGUCGAUGAAGAUGCGAAAACUCCACGCCGUCCGCCCAAGCCAAGCUCCCCAGCCACUCCAGCCGAGGACCUCGAUAUUGCUGGAAGUUCUGUAGACGGUGAACACGACGACGAAGCUGUCCGAGACUCGGACUAUACUCUGGAUACCGCCGAACCUCUCAUUCUUGAUGAAUCUGGCCGCCCAUCAGCCAUUGGUAAAGUGGUGUCUAUUCCAUCAUAUCCCGGAGCACAGUAUUUUCCGUAUGCCUCUGGCAGAGGCCUUAUUGUUGCGCCUAAUGAUACAAAUCUUUAUGUUCAUCCGCGCAGAAGAGUCGACCAUGAUGACACCGACUUCACGUCUUACAUUGCAGAGCAAAGGACCUAUACAGAAGACAUGCUGCCCAGAUUCAUGGGUCUGAUCCAUGUCCGCCCAGAUGAGAAAGAGAGAGAACCGACAUUCUUGCGUGACGAGAAGGGCCGCAUAGUUCGUAAUCAAUGGGGCCAGAUGGUGAAAGAGUUUCCUUUCCUGCCAUUGAGGAUCUCACGUGAACUCGAAGAGUGGGCUCUGUGCUACUAUAUCGCGCUGGGAGCCAGCCCCGGCGAUGUCUUGGAUCGCAUGUCGCCUCCCCCGAGAAACAUUGUCGGCGACCAAGACGUCGAUUGGAACAACAUCAAGAGUAUCAAGUACAACUAUAGCCGCCUGAGGAGCAAGCUCGCAAUGAGGGCAAAACGAUGGUACCGGCGCUACAAGCUCCAGUUCUGCUCUAAGAACGAGCAGACCGGUCUCGACGCUGUGUACAUUCGCGACAUCCACAAAGAUCUUUUCAAGUCCGGAGUGAUCCAUCCGCUUCAGCUGCUAUGCCGUACAUCGUGGGACUUGCGUUUCGACGAGGCGUCGAACAGUUGGAUUAUGUUCCGGGACAAUGCCGAAUACAACGCACCGAAGCCGAUGGAGUGCGGCGAUACUCUCAAAAGGAUUCUGCAUAUGCUCCAGUGGCGUGUGCCGACCAUUAACGACCUGCGCGUGUUGUCCGCCUGGUACCGCCAGGAUCCACAACACAACCCGUGGAUGACGAACCCAGACUGGGUCAACAUCACACCGCCACCAAAUGCUUUCAAGCAGAAACUCAUCAAUGAGGAAUUCCUGGAGAAGAAGAGGUCGCGUGAUGCCCAGAAGAAAGCAAGCCGGCGCGCGGGACGCGUGCGUAAGGACAGGAAGAAGGCGGACCCUAAGGUCAAGACGUCUGCGCCGGCAGAAUCGCGGCCCGCUCAGACUGGCGCCGCAGACUCGGGUGCUUCGGAUGAGGUCGGAGCGCGCGUCUACGACCCGGCAGCGGUGUGUCUGGAAGGUCCGUUGUGGCUUUCUUUUCCGUUCUUGAGAACCCAUCACCAAGACUCUCCUCGUGAGGCGCGCGUUCAGGCGCCGAACGUCAAUCUAGAUGCCACGGUCGGGCAUCAGUCCUGGGUGGAUCAGCCGCCAUAUGGCGGAGCGAUCUGGCGGUGGGAAGGCAGCGGCACGCAGCUGAUGACCGGGGAGCCCGCAGCCAACCGUGCUCGUCAGGGUACCAGCCCGGACCAUCAACUGGUCCUCCAGUAG